GGCCAAGGGCGCCCCGCCGCCCGCGCCCGCCGCCUCGGCGCAGAACCUGGCGCACCCGCCGGAGGUGGUGCUCACCGACUUCCAGACCCGCGACGGCGACCAGUACAACCCGGUGAAGCAGCAGCUGGAGCGCUACGCCACCAGCCGCUACAGCUGUUGCCCGCAGCUGUCGUCCGUCCUGCUGUGCCCCGACCGCGGGACCGGAGAGCUGCCCGUGGAGCCCCUGGGCGUCCCCCCGCCCUGCACCAUCAGGCCCGCGUCCCCCGCGCCCCGGUCCCCGAAGCAGCCCGUGCGGGGCUACCGCCGCGGGGCCGUGGGCGGCACCUUCGACCGACUGCACAGCGCGCACAAGGUGCUGCUCAGCGUCGCCUGCGUGCUGGCCCAGGAGCAGCUUGUGGUGGGAGUGGCGGACAAGGACCUGCUGAAGAGCAAGGUGCUCCCUGAGCUGCUCCAACCGUAUGCAGACCGUGUGGAACACCUGAGUGAGUUCCUGGUGGACGUCAAGCCCUCCUUGACUUUUGAUAUCGUCCCCCUGCUGGACCCCUAUGGGCCUGCGGGCUCUGACCCCUUGCUGCAGUUCCUGGUGGUCAGCGAGGAGACCUACCGUGGGGGGAUGGCCGUCAACCGCCUCCGCCUGGAGCAUGGCUUGGAGGAGCUGGCCUUGUACCAGAUUGAGCUGCUGAAGGACCCAAGUCACCAGGAAAAUGAAGAAGACAAAGUCAGCUCCUCAAGCUUGCGCCAGCGAAUGCUGGGUACCCUGCUGCGGCCCCCGAAUAAGAGGCCAGAGCUCCCGGCCGGCCUCUAUGUGCUCGGGCUGACGGGCAUCAGCGGCUCCGGGAAGAGCUCUAUCGCCGGGAGGCUGAGAAGCCUGGGGGCGUUUGUCAUCGACGGUGACCAGCUGGGCCAUCGGGCCUAUGCGCCGGGCGGCCCCGCCUACCAGCCAGUGGUGGAGGCCUUCGGAACAGACAUUCUCCAUAAGGACGGCCUCAUCAACAGGAAGGUCCUGGGCAGCCGGGUGUUCGGGAACAAGAAGCAGCUGAAGGUCCUCACAGACAUCAUGUGGCCAGUGAUGGCCACGCUGGCACGAGAGGAGAUGGACCAGGCUGUAGCGCAGGGGAAGACGGUGUGCGUCAUCGACGCCGCCAUGCUGCUGCAAGCCGGCUGGCAGGACAUGGUGCACGAGGUGUGGACUGUGGUCAUCCCCGAGACCGAGGCUGUGCGGCGCAUCGUGGAGAGGGACGGGCUGAGUGAAGCUGCCGCCUACAGCCGGCUGCAGAGCCAGAUGAGCGGGCAGCAGCUGGUGGACCAGAGCCACGUGGUGCUGAGCACCCUGUGGGCGCCACAUGUCACCCAGCAGCAGGUGGAACGAGCCUGGGAUCUCCUGCAGAAGCGCCUCCCCGAGACCCUUCGUGCCCGGGACUGACCGUGCGACUUCGGGGCCCGCGGUGGCCCCUGCGUGGACGGGAGCCCGUGCGGAGGAGGGCGCGCCCCGGGCUGGCUCUCAGGUCGCGCUGUGCGGGACACAGCGCCUGGGGUGCAGGGGCGGCGCCCUCCGCGCUGGGGGCCAGCGUGAGGCCGCGGGCGGGGCGCACGUCUGCGCUCCAGGGGCCCUGCGUGUGCGGCCCGCGGGGCGGGUCAGGGAGGCCCUGGGGCGCGGUACGCAAUUAAAGGUAGAUGUGCACUG